ACCGCCAGCUCCGCGCGCCACCGCUCGCGCGCGCUCGUCGGUCGGUCUGGCAGCAGCAGCCCGCGCAUUGCGUCAGUGUACGCCGUGACGUCAGUGGGCUGGUGCCUGGGACAUGAUCCUGGUGAGGAGCGGCCUGUUGCUGGGGUCUGCCAGUGAUUUGGUGCAGCCUCAGAGUCUGUCGGACCGCGGCAUCUCGCAUGUCCUCACCGUGGACUCGCAGGAACCCCCGCCUCUGGGGAACGUUUGCGCGAAAUUUGUGCAGGCGCUGGACGAGCCCUGCACCGACCUGCUGAGCUUCCUGGACGAAUGCGUGGGCUUUGUGCAGCAGGCGCAGGGUGCAGCGGGCGCCGCCGUGUUGGUGCAUUGUCAUGCAGGAGUCAGCAGGAGUGCUGCUGUGGUAACUGCUUUUAUAAUGAAAACUGACAAUCUGAGUUUUGAAGAGGCAUAUAGUAAACUUAAAGCCAUUAAACCAGAUGUCAGGAUAAAUGAUGAGUUUGUGAAGCAGCUGAAGCUGUAUGAAGUGAUGGGCUGCAAAGUGGAUUUAACAAGUGCUGAUUACAAACAAUAUCGACUUCAGAAAGUCACUGAGAAGUACCCAGAACUGCAGAAUUUACCAAGGGAAUUAUUUGCAUUGGAUCCCAUGAGUCUUGGGAAAACAAGUGAAGCAAUCUACAGGUGCAGAAAGUGUAGGCGUUGUUUAUUUCGUGGCUCAAGUAAUUUGACUCAUGUACCUGGAACUGGACCAGCAGCCUUCGCUCAUAAGAGGUUGACUCAAACCCGAGGAGGGGAUCACACUAGAUGUACAUCAUAUUUCAUUGAACCAGUGCAAUGGAUGGAGCCUUCACUACUUGGUGUUUUGGAUGGACAGGUAAAACAGUAUAGAUGGAUUUCUGUCUCUGAUGGCUUUAAAUCCAGUUGCUUUGCCCAAAAUGCAACUGCAAGUUGGGAUCUUUCAACUGGUACGGUGAUCAGUGUUCCUGUGGACGUUGGGUGACUCCUGCUUUCCAGAUUCACAAGAAUCGAGUUGAUGAAAUGAAACAUUUAAAUUUCCUAAGUGUAGGAAAUGUGAAUAGUUGAAUAAUACACCUAUUUGAUUGUAUCUGCAAAACAGGUUAAGCAGAGAGAAGCUUAAUCCUUGUUCCAUCUUAAUCUAAACUGCAUAACCUGAUUUGUAAAAGCAAAUGCAGCAAUAACUUGGAUAUACAAAUACUAUCUAAAUAUCCACUAUUCUACUGCAAAACAUUUUAUUAAAUGGACCAAGAACUGUUAAAAAUAUCCUUGAAUUCAUCUUGAAAUAUCCAUGGAUUCAUCUCGCUCUUGACAAAUUUCAAAUGGACAAGUUUGCAUGACCAAAAGUUAAAAUUUUCCAUCUAUCAUGAUUGCGAUGCACAGAACAAUAAAAAAAAGGCUUCCAGUAUUAUGAAGUAAAUCAAGCGAGAGCUUCUGAAGCGGUUUUUUUUCAAAUCUUGGAAGCUGUUGCUCUGCUGCAAAGCUUCAUUUCCAUUUAAGGGUGUAAAGUUGAUGUUCUUAGCUACUAGCUUACCCACUAAUCACUCCAGAAUCAGUAGGAGAUGAUUUUUUUAAAAAUAUUAUUAUAUUAAUUUCACAAGUGCAGCAUUUCAUUCAGAAGUUAAAUUGGAGUUUGGAAGAAAUAAAAUUUCUUAACUCCAUCUUUUUUAUCAACAUAUCCACUAGGUGGCACUCCACUGCACUGAAGUGUCUGCCAGAAUUCUAUGCUUAACUGCCACCUUCUGACCCAGAGGCAAGACUCAGCUAAGGCCAUCACCUGAUACCAAAUUGCUUUGACGUUUAGUUGGUGAGAGGUACAUUUUGGAUAAAGAAAUUAUGUCACAGAAUUGAAUAUGAAUUGUGUUAAAGUUUUAAUGAGUAGAAAGUUUGGCAUUACAGCAGCAGAUAAUGCACGUUAUUGACAUUAUCUUGCAGUAUAUGUGCUACUAAUGAAACACUAUUCAUCAGGAUCUGUUAAUUCAAAGUAUAAAUAAUGACAGUGAAAAGAACCAUGUAUAAAAAUAAUUUGUUAAAAGGUAGAGUACAUGUUAAAGAAUUAACUAAGCCACAUCUUUACUUCAGUAUUUACAUUUGUAACAUGCAAUAACAAGUGAAGUCUUGUAGACUCUUUUGUUGCUCCAAGACUCUCAAAUCCUUUUGAAGCUUUAUAUUUUAUUUUUUCCAUUUCCAAAUAGUUCAUAGAAUGUUCUACACCUUAUAAUGAACACUUGUUUCAUUCCAAUUUUUUUAGAAACUAGUAUAUAUGAACACAAUAAGCUUUGUGAAUUGUUUGAAUAAAAUUCAUUCAAUACAGCACAA